UGCAGAUAUAACAUUGAAAUAUUUGCAAGUCCCAGUUGCAUUAAUUGACUUGUAAACAAUUGAUGUGUUGAAUACAAAUUAUAUGUGGAGAAGUAGUUUAAGUAAGAAGUUGGUGAUCAUAUGAUUGUGUAACCUUGAAUUUAGGACACAAUAAUGUAAGUAUUUUGAGCUAAGGAUGUUGUAAGUAUCAAUUUACUUAAUACGUGAUCUGUUGAACUUAAUUAAAAAGCUAUACUAUUCUUAGCUUUGUGAUUUGUGUUACAGUAACGGCAGCAGAAGAUUGAAGAUUGUGCUUGAGUGGAAUUAGGUUAAUAAGGAAUAGUUUAUGACCGUUUGAGGUCAUAAACUGUCAAGUGUAGUGCGUCAGUAUGGACCUGCCCGACUGCCCUCCUGGAGCUGAAGGCUACCAAGACUCUGUUACUGAAGUUCCCAAGAAGCCGGAGCUUGAAGACUCAUCAUGCACUAAGGCGGAGCAGGAAUUCCAAGAGCAUUUGAACAGCCUGCGCAUCAGCUGCGAAGAUGGCAACCAGCGCUGCAUGGUGGAGCGCCGCGGGCGCGACGUGUCCGGGAAGUGGAUCUACCUCUGCUACCCGUGUGCCGCCGUCUGCAGCGGCGAGACUAUUCUGCAGACACACAUUUCGGGGAAAAAACACAAGAUCAAGAUAGCAAUGAGAAAUGUUUGGCCGCUAAGUCUUUUCGACGACCACCCUUUCAUACAAACGGAACGAGGGACUAAAACAGAAGCAACGGAAAAGGUGUUGCAAAAGAUGGCGCAGGAAGUGGACAUGCACAACAAAAACGCCUCCGAGUUUGACAAGAAGUACGGCAAAUACAGAGAUGUCACAUGUCACAUACAAAGCAUAGUAGAUAAUGUCACGGCGCCGCUGCUGGGGCUGGAGUACCUGGUGGAGCACCCGCCCGAGCAGGCGCACUACGAGCCCUCCUACACAUGCACCUUGUGCUCCAAGCAGGGCCACCCGCGCACCAUCAUCAACCACAUGACAUGCUUUUGGCACAGAUACAAUUAUCUUGUGCGCCACUUCGCGAAGGCAUGCAGCCUCAUGACGCCGUACCGCGCGCAGCCCAAGUACCGCGAGGGCGUGGCCGUCAUCAUGAACCGCCUGGCGCAGCGCAUCGAGGACAAGUACGGCCGCCAGCGGCCCGUGCACAUCGACAAGGAGGAAUAUGACAACGAUAAGGAGAGUAUUCACCAGUGGAUAUUCAAAGGCUUCCAUUUCUCUGAAACUAACGGCCCUACCUUCGAAGAAGUGGUCGACAUCGAUCUAAUCAACACGUUACUGAAAUCAGAUAACGACUCAAAACUGGCAUUGAGGAGCAGAGACAAAGAUCCAUCCCCGCCUCACGUGGCUGCGCCGUCUAAACCUCAUUUCAACGCAUUCACGCGACAGGGGCGGCGGCAGGAGCGGCGGCGGUCGUUGGACGCGCUGUCGGACAUCAGCGACGAGCCGGAGCCCCGGCGCCGCGGCCUCGAGCCCCCGCCGCGCGCCCGCCCCGAGCCCCCGCACGACCGAGACCCGCCCAGACACUUGCCCGAUGUUACUUGCCGACCGUCGCCAGUCGGCCUUAAAGUUAAAAUUAUUGAAUGCAUAAUUGUAAAUAUUAGGGGCAAGUACGACCACCAGCGGCCGCGUUACGAGCCUUACCCGGACAAGCGGCGCACCAGCCCCUACCGCUCGCGCUUCGCCAUCCGGAACCCCCCCACCGAGAAGCCUCGCCCCAGCGACAAGCAAAGACCACCGAACUACGCAUACAAGCUAAAGCUCGCUGAAGACAAGCGCACGAUCGCUGAAGAGUCGGCGCAGAAAACCCUCGCCUACCACGAGAAGAACCCGGAGAAGCACCCGCUCUACCCCGAGGAGUGGAAGAAAUUCUGGAACAGGCGGUACAAAGAAAUACAAGCUGAGGGCAAGGAUCCAUCGAAACACGAUUUUAAGCCAGAAUGGAUCGUGUUUUGGACGGCGCGCAUGAAAGAAUUGCACGACGCCGAAUUGAAGGUGGUAGUGAACGAAAUCUACCGAAAACUUUGUAUCUCACCACCCGACAUGAGACCGCGGUCGCCCGAGCUGAAGGCGAAGUCGAUGGAGCGGCGUAGGUCUCCGGAGGCCCGGCGCCGCUCGCCGCCCAAGCGGCGCUCGCCCGAGCCGCGCGAGCGCGCGCGCGCCCGCUCGCCCGACCCGCGCCGCCGCGAGCCUCACUUCGAGCCGCGCCGCAAGUCGCCCGCCCGCCGCGUGUCCCCGGACCCGCGGCAUCACCGCAGAGCGCGCAGCCCCGUGCGUACCAACUUCACACUGGAGUCGGUGCGCCGCAGCCGCAGCCCGCUGUCGCGGCGCGAGGCCGAGCUGCGCAACCGCAGCCCCGCGCCGCCCGCGCACCCGCACCACGCCGCGCCCAGCAUGCAGACCGUCACCAUCUCCGAUGACGAACUUAAGAUCGAUGAGAACAUAUCACCGUGGAAUUCGGACGACAUGGAUUCAAUAGGGUCAGUGCCGGAGGCGCGGUCGCCGGGCACUCGCGCGGGCAGCGUGGCGUCGCGCGGGUCGCGGUCGCGGCGCGAGUACCGCGGGCCGCUCGCGCCCGCCGCCGCGCCGCAGGACCUCGGCCCGCCCGAGAACGUGGUGGUCACGCUGCGGCUGCUGGUCGCGCUAGAGGACUACCUCGGUAGUCUUGGACCUAAAAUAGUAGACUUGCUCACCGAGGCUAUCCGAAUGGAAAAGGACAAAGCGAACUCUUCGGAGGAGCUCCUGGAGCGAGAGACGGCGGUGGUGCUGAUCGAGACGGCCAAGGAGAAGCUGAAGGGCGCCGUGCAGGCGGGGCUCGUGGCCGCCGCCGCCGCGGGCGCCGUGCGCGGCGCCAUCGUGCGCGCCGCCGCCACGCUGCACGUGGCCGACACGCGCGCCCACAAACACAACAAGGUAUACCUACUGCAAGGAGAAGCUGAAGGGCGCCGUGCAGGCGGGGAGAAGCUGAAGGGCGCCGUGCAGGCGGGGCUCGUGGCCGCCGCCGCCGCGGGCGCCGUGCGCGGCGCCAUCGUGCGCGCCGCCGCCACGCUGCACGUGGCCGACACGCGCGCCCACAAACACAACAAGGCGGGGCUCGUGGCCGCCGCCGCCGCGGGCGCCGUGCGCGGCGCCAUCGUGCGCGCCGCCGCCACGCUGCACGUGGCCGACACGCGCGCCCACAAACACAACAAGGCGGGGCUCGUGGCCGCCGCCGCCGCGGGCGCCGUGCGCGGCGCCAUCGUGCGCGCCGCCGCCACGCUGCACGUGGCCGACACGCGCGCCCACAAACACAACAAGGCGGGGCUCGUGGCCGCCGCCGCCGCGGGCGCCGUGCGCGGCGCCAUCGUGCGCGCCGCCGCCACGCUGCACGUGGCCGACACGCGCGCCCACAAACACAACAAGGAGAAGCUGAAGGGCGCCGUGCAGGCGGGGCUCGUGGCCGCCGCCGCCGCGGGCGCCGUGCGCGGCGCCAUCGUGCGCGCCGCCGCCGCGCUGCACGUGGCCGACACGCGGGGCUCGUGGCCGCCGCCGCCGCGGGCGCCGUGCGCGGCGCCAUCGUGCGCGCCGCCGCCACGCUGCACGUGGCCGACACGCGCGCCCACAAACACAACAAGGUAUACCUACUGCAAGGAGAAGCUGAAGGGCGCCGUGCAGGCGGGGCUCGUGGCCGCCGCCGCCGCGGGCGCCGUGCGCGGCGCCAUCGUGCGCGCCGCCGCCACGCUGCACGUGGCCGACACGCGCGCCCACAAACACAACAAGGGUUUAAAGAGCGGCUCGAGCGCAGCACAGGCAGGCGGCGCGGGCGCGGGCGCGGGUGCGGGGGUGUCGGUGGCGGGCGUGGGGUCCGUGGACCGCGCGCAGAUCGCGCAGCAGAUGGCCGCCGCGCUCGUGGCGCAGGGCAAGACCGACGUCUCUUCAGAGGAGCUCGCGCAGCUCGUCGACGCCGUGGUCGGGAUAGCAGAAGAAAAGAAACGACAAGAACAAUCCAAGAAAAGGAUGGAACAAAAAGUGACUGUUGCUCCACCCGCCAAGACCGUCAGUGGAACCGCUUCGGCCUUGCAAAUGUUGCAGUCAGCUUAUGACGAGAACGACAAGAAAGCGGAAAAGGCGGACGCACCAGACGCUAUGGACGGAUUAUCAGACUCUGAUCUGGAGACAUUGUUAAAAAACUUUAACGAGCUUUCGGCGGAGGAACAGCACAGCCUCAUAGCAUACCUGAAGAAAUUAGAAGCGCGUGAGCCUCAGCGGGUGGAGCGACUUAGGCAGUACGUGAGCGCAGCCGCAUCGCCCGGCGCGCCCGCCGCCGGCGCCGCCGAAGCCCUCGGCGCGCCCGCGGACGAGCCGCCCGCGCGCACCGAGACGCCGCGCGCCGCGCCCGAGCGCAAGCCCGCGCCCGCGCCCGAGCCCGCCGCCGCCGUUAAACCCGUCGCCAUCGACAGCGAUGAUGACGACUACACCGUUGAGGAGGUAUUCAAAUCUGUAACAGAAAAAGUAAAAGAAGACCAGAUACGUCAGGAAAUGGAGAUUGUCAAGAAAUCUUUGGAAGAGACGAAACCAGAAACGGUCGCAAGCGAAGUAGUGAGAGCUCCUCUGACUGAUGUAUCCAAAAACAUGUCGUCAGCGGCCAACUUGCUGGCACUAGUGCAAGCUUCGAUCCAGUCCUCGGCGGCCGCCACGGGCUCGCUCGCACCUCCCUUGGGCGUGGUCGCCAGCACCCUACAGCCGAGGUCUUUCGGCGAUAUGCCGAUCCCGCCGGUUCACGGCGAGCCGAACAAACCGCAAAUGCAAACCGUUCCCAUAACGACACUGGCCGCUCCACCCGCCCACCAACUCGACGGCUACAACAACCUGCAGCACCAUGCUCCCUUCACUAAUCACCAUAGCUCAUUAGCGGUACCUAUACACGACAGGCCCAAUUUUGGCGGAAAUAACAAUUCUCAUAUCAAUGUUUGGGAUCAAAGACCGAUGCAUAAUAUGCCAGACGUAAGAGGUUCUAUGUUAAGGGCUCCCGGAUAUAGUAAUUAUGGGCAAAACAAUCCGUACAACCAACAAGGACCCAGGGGUAAUUUCAUGAACGGUAGAAUGCAGGACAGUUACGAUACGAGGCAGGAUGGGAUGAGUCAACAGUUCGAGCGAGCCCAGUAUGAUCAAAACAAUUAUGGUCGUAGAGGAGGCGGCGGAGGCCGAGGUCAUUUCGGCGGUCCUGGGGGUGCCAAGAGGGGCCGAGGACGCGGCUAUUACUAAAUUUCGAGUUUAAAUUUUCAUUGACUCAUAAUAGAAGAAUACCUAACUCGUGGUUCUAUUCAUAGAUUGA